GUAUAUAUCGUGGCUGGUUAGACGUUCGCUCAAUUUUUGACGCGGCCACUAUAAAAAAAACUUUUACUUUGUAUGUUUUGAAAAUAAUAUUACAGUGAUGUGAAAUUUACAUGGGCGGAAUUUAAGCAAUUAGGAUUUAGAUUUCGAUAUUUUUCAAAAUGGAUAUGCAAACAAUAUUUUGGACUCUUGUUUUGGUUCUUACGAAAUUUGCGGAGGCGGGAAGUAUUGGUGACCAGUGUGAUUGGAGUGGAAGCGGGUUGAGUGUUACUCCCGAGAGGGGAGUGACUCCUGUCUACCUGAGGUGUCGAGAAGGCACAGUAUCUUGGCUAUACCCUCGAGGAGCUCUGCGGUUACUCUUCCGCCCUCCUCUACCAGCUGAUGAAAAGGAUUUCAGGGUUUGCAUCAGAGUCAUAAGAAGACCGGACCCCCCCGACUUAUUUCAUUCGUUGCAGCUUAAUGAUACCGAAGUUGCAGAGCGGUUUCCGGCCCGCAUUUUUGUGGAAGGUGCGAAGCGACUCAUACCUCUUUACGCUCCUGAUGACGGCGACCCUCGCGAACUUCGAUGCUUCCGCAGCAGGCGAGGUCGCGCUGCUUUGUACGUAGAGGCAGAACCUGAGGAGGGUACAAAGAGGAGAGUGGCCAUGUUCAAGUAUGAAGCCAGGUCGUUAGUAAGAAGACAUUAUGACCCUGCAACGGCCGAAUGCAGACCAUGCUCGGAGUCGGAAUUGGAGCUCGCAUUCUGCACUAGUGAUCUCGUGUCAAAAGGUAUAAUAGUGGGAAGUGAGCAGCGUGAAGAUUUGGAUACGACACAACUGACCCUGCGAUUGACCAACUUGAUUCGAGCUACGGCUGCCGCUACUGAUCCUAGCGAAGAGGAGAAUCAAUACUUCAGAUAUGACAUCGACAAUACAAUAGGCACCGGUCGUAGGCGACACCCCCGAAGCCUUCACGCACACGUCCACGUCGCAUCACGUUGUGAAGCCGGCGCCGGUUCCGGAGAAUUCUUUAUAAUGGCUAGAAGAGCUCUCGGAAGAUAUCAUCUGGUCUGCGCGCCGAGAGCACACGAAUGGAAAGAAUUGGCGAUGAGACGGAACGCAGAAGGUACCGCGCAUUGUUUGUUGCAGCAUUAGGUUCUGGUAAAGUUUUAGAAUGGUAACACCGUAUGUGGGGUUGCCAUUUUAAAGGUUUUAAAGAUUAAUGUAUCACACAUACAUAAUACAGACGUCUAAGAGCUUCCAAUAUGAAAUGUUCGACGUUAAAUGCUUGAGUUAGUGGACGUGUAUUGAAUCUGCAGGUGCAAGAUUUUACGGUAAUCUAAGAGAAAUGUUUCAAGACGAUCUAAAUGAAAUACAUAUGUCUGUAAUAGAAUUAAAAAAAUAUUAUCUUCAACCAUCAUUUCGUUGACUAUAAGUUCUUAUACGUCUGAAAAAUCUUAUGCAAUGUGCAACCAACUGUGUUACAUUUGAAUGGAUCGUUGCAAUAUUGAAAACGUAUAUUUUAAGAUGAGUGGGAAGAGUUUAUCUCAGAGUUAAUCAACACUAUUAUAUAUAUUAGUACCCGCUUGCCAUAAAUAGCUUGUAAAAUGCAAUUGUAAAUAUUUGUAAAGAAUAUGGUCCACAGUGCCAAAUGUAAGAUUUAUUUUUAAGAUUGAUCUCAAUAUGUAUAUAUUGUACAUGUAUUUUUAUAUUCAUUGUAAACCCAACGUUUAAAAUAUCUUCCUAUAGUUAUAUUCAUAAGAAAAA